GAUAAAAUCCUUGACCAAAAUUAGAAAGCACUCAAAGCAGACGAUAGGAGAGAGAAAACUAGAGAGAGAAACAGAGAGGAAAGAGAAUGAUGGAUAAGGUGUUUUCAGUGGAGGAAAUGGCCGACCAGCUGUGGUCUUCCACAGCGCCGCCUGCCAAUGACGUAGCCGCCGAGGGUGAACUGAACCGGAGUGCAUCCGAGUGGGCCUUCCAGCGCUUUCUCCAAGAAGCCUCUCCCCACUCGCCGUCACCCUCCCCGCUGACGCCGCCACCUCCGCGUCCUUCUUCUUCGUCUUCUUCUUCAGCUCAUCAUCACGACCAAGACGACGUCAAAGAGAUCAAGAUGGUCAAUUCCCAGCACCCCCACCCCAAUCCAACUCAAACUCACUGCAACAACAACACGGCGGCGUUUAACCUGCGGCCGCCUAAUGUCGCCGUCGAUUCCGAGGAGUACCAGGCGUUCCUGAAGACCAAGCUCGAUCUCGCCUGUGCCGCCGUGGCUCUGUCGCGGGGUUCGUUGGUGAACGCUCAAGAAUCUGUUGCGUUAGCUGACAGCGGAUCACACGCUUCCAGUACUUCACAACUCGGAUCUCAAGCCCCUUCGAAAGAUUUACCUUCGUUACCUGCAACGCAAUAUAGAUCUGCGAUCCCAGUAAGGCAAGCAACUAGCGGAUCCUCGAGAGAGAUGACAGAUGAUGAGGAAGCUGAAGGUGAAACUGCAAUGAACGAGAAUAUGGACCCUGCUGAUGUGAAACGCGUGAGAAGAAUGCUGUCUAAUAGAGAGUCAGCUAGACGCUCGAGAAGAAGAAAGCAGGCACAUUUGACUGAGCUUGAGGAACAGGCAUCUCAAUUAAGAGUCGAGAACUCCUCUCUGAUGAAGCGCCUGACUGAUGCGGACAAGAAGUACAACGAAGCAGCUGUUGACAAUAGGGUACUAAAAGCUGAUAUCGAAACAUUGAGAGCAAAGGUAAAGAUGGCUGAGGAGACGGUGAAAAGGCUAACUGGGUCGAACCCCAUAUUCCAUGCCAUGUCGGAGGUUUCCUCAAUCGGCAUGGCACCAUUUGAUGGAAGCCCUUCAGAGGCAUCAACAGAUGCUGCUGUUCCGGUGCAAGAUGACCCAAUUCAAUACUUUUUUCAACCUGCUUCUGAAAACCCUACACCAACUCAUGACCCGAGAGUCGAGAAUGAUUCUGCAGACGUUCCUUCUGUUGAGAAUGUGCAGAAGAAUUCUGCAGCAACACCAUCAGCAGAUGUGUCGGGGAACAAGAUGGGACAAACACCUUCCCUACAGCGAGUUGCUAGCUUAGAGCAUCUGCAAAAGCGGAUAAGGGGUGGAAACCCGUCCAAUGGGGAGCAAUAGUUACAAACAGAGUGAUCUAAGAACGAGGAAAGAUUGAUUAAAGGUUGCUUUGAACAACCAUUGUAUUGCAUCGAUACUUUCGGAUUAGUUAUGUAAAAAAAUGCUAUUCUUAAUCGUACUGCACUGAAUUAUACAGUUUGAUACUUUUAGCACUUUCA